AUGGUAAUGGCGGCCAGGAUGAUUAAUGAUGUUGAUGAGCAUUUAGAACAUUUAUUGGAAAGAAUACACCGAAAAUUUAAUCAGAAGGAAUUUCAACAUCCAUGUACAAGAUAUGUUCGCUAUCGAACUAGGAUUGGAGCUCCAUCUGUUAAUAGAAGAUCUUUUACUGAAGAAGAUCUUGUACGGUUUGCAGAAAAGUUGAAUAAAAUAAUUAUGUGUCUGCGAUUACGUCGAUGUAAAACGCAGGUUGAAGAAGAGAUGAAAAACUCUGUAUAUAUAGUGAUAAUACCAGUAUUAGGUAUUCUAUGUAUUUAUAGCAUCACAACUCGGUGGUAUCACAAUAUAAAUUAUGUCACUACCCCCUUAGUUAAUGUGACGUCACCGAUCAAAUACCAGUCAUUGUUCGACCCACCAACUUGCCCUGGUGGUAUCCAGCAAAUGUUAGAAGGUAAAUGGCAUCAAAGGAAAAUGACGCCGAAUCAAGAACGUGAAAUAAACGACUUUUUAAAGACGUAUAGAGGUGGUUGGGGUCUGCCAGAUACACUCCAGAGAAAAGAUCUGUUAUGUGGAAACGCCAGUUUCGCCCAAGAUCCAAAGGUCGUAUAUCGGAUGUUUCGUGCGUUAUGUUCGCCAACAGGAAAGACGCCUUGUUGCAUGAACAAAAAGUGUGUAGCAAAAACAGUGAAGGAGUGCCAAUGUAAAGAUUGUUUGGAUCUACGUCAAGAAGCUCAUGCCGAAUAUUCCGACUGGGUUCCUUCCAACCACAACUGUAAAAUUCGUUUGUUUAAAGGGAAUGAGGCCUGUAAGAUAUUUGAUGGAAUGACGGUGGUGUUAAGUGGUGAUUCUCUCAUGAGACAAAUCUAUAUUGCUUUUCAAAAAAUUCUUAAUCAUGAUAUGAUUUGGGGAUCAUUGAAAAAAAACGCUCCGAUAGAGCAAUUAGAGAAAUGUAAAGGAUUGUAUAGUUUUACCUUCGAGAAAUGUCGAGAGUUAACUGAAACCUAUACCAGUGAAUUGUGCAAUGGUCGAGUGAACUUAACCUUUUUUGAAUAUUACAACGCCGGAUUAGCAAAACAAUUUAUCCCAGCUGUUCAGAGUUUAACACAGAAAAGUAAAAGUUUGGUGAUUACUGGAAUCGCAAAUCAUGAUAAAUUUGAUACUAAAUUAAUAUACGAAAAAUACUUGAAACCUGCCAUUCAGAUUAAAAAGGUGACAAAAUGGCCCAAGUUGUUAUGGACUAUGCCCCCAGUUUCUGGACUUCUGAGAGAAACGAAGAGUAAAAUCCCCGAAAAAGAAAAGAAAUUUGUGAAGAAACUGACGACCUUGCUGAAUAAAGAUAAUGUACCAAUAUUUGACACUUAUAAACUUACCCAAGAAGAAAAUGAUGGAUUUCCCCUACCAUCUACUGAGGCUGAAAUCCAAGCGUUUGACAAUGAAGUAUUUAUGGGGUAUGAUAGUGACAUUGAGAGGUCAGAGGUCAAACAGAAACCAAGGUCACGCUCUAUACCGGAGUUAUACCAUAACUUGAAAGUUCCCAAAUUUACAGGUUUUACUGUGUUUUUAUUUUUCACCUGUUUGAGAUAUAAUCAAUGA